AUGAAGAGAGGUCCGAGCAUGUUCGUUGGAGCCGUUUUCGGACCGGCGCCGUGUCGUGUCGGUGGACGGUGCAGCUGGAGUCCGCGAUUUAGCCGGGAAGCACAGGAAGUGCAGUUCCCGUGUAGUUUUUCGUCUGGAGUAGCAAAGUGUAGUCCAAACUCAUCGUAUUACUCAAAAACGGCUGAAAAAAGUGCACUUUGGAGGAAUGACGCACAGCAACGUGCUUUUGCACGCUGUCUCGCGGACGCCGAACAUCGCAGCAUCGCUCCUAGGGUGCGGCGCCAAGCGCGGAGGCCGCGGUUACGAGUGCUGGCGUCGCCCUCGGAGGACCUCUCUCUGGCGCCUGCUGCACUGGAAAGCGUCUUGUCCUGGUGUCGAAGGGACGCGCGGGAUGCCCUACGGGCGGCACUCGCGGUCACGCUGCCGUCGCUGGCGCCGCUAUCAGCGAAGGCGGCAACAGCGUGCCCGCAAACGCCGGAGUUGCACCAGGGACAAAGGCAAGCACUGAGCAGCGGUGUAGUAGGCUCGACUCAGGAUUCUUUAGAUUCCGAAAGACGCUUCAUAGCGCCAUUGGAGAAGGUUUUUAUGCAGGAACCAGUCCCGUCGCAAAUUGAGUUAUCGAUUUACCUCUGCACCGACGCGCACAUCCAGCUCUUGAACAAGCACUAUCGCUCCGUGGACGCACCGACAGAUGUGCUGAGCUUUCCGCAACAACAACUCCGGAUACUUGGCGAUGUUGUGAUUUCGUUAGACACUGCGCAACGGCAGGCGGGCGGACGCUUGCGCGAUGAGCUACGAACCCUGCUGCUUCAUGGCAUUCUGCACUUACUGGGAUUCGAUCACGAAAUCGAUGAACAGCAUCAUAUCCUUUUUGCGCGAGCAGAGGAACGGAUCACGCAAAUGCUCGAGUGGCGUGGCAGGGGCCUCAUUGCGAUGAUCAGCGAACGCGACGACCACGAAUCGCACGACGGCCCCUGA